AUGACGACAGAAAUUCUACCGAUUGAUUCAUUAAUGAUUGAUCGAUGGGCAAAUCAAUGGAUAAAACAACUUGGUUUUAAUAAUGAACAAUUACUUAAACGAAAUACUAAAGUUGAACAAUUUUCACGAUUUGUACUAGAUCGUAUACAAGUAAAAAAAUCAACUGAUAUAGCAAAACGUGAACAACUAUUACUUGAAACAUUACGUGAAUAUGAAAAUCGAUUAAGCCGAACUGGAUUUGAAAGUGAUAUUUGCGAAGAAUUUGAAAAUAUGAAAUUAAAACAAAAAGAACUAUUCAUUGAAAAGAAACAUCAAGAAUUAGAUUUGAAAGAAGAAAAAUAUAUUAAAGAAUUGGAUCAAUUAUCUCAAAAUGAACGUUCUUUAUGUCAAAUCCUUGCAGCAACAAUCAUGGACAUUGUUACAGAUGAAACUUUAAUUAAAAGAAUCGAACGUUUAAGAGGAUAUUUAGAUGAAUUAGACAAGUUAAAAACUGAACGCCUUACAACAAUCAAAUCUUAUCGAAUUCGACUUAAUGAUUUAAUUGAUCGGCUAAAUUUUAAACUAGAUAAUCUAUCAACAAUAUCUCAGUUACUUGAUGAGAACUACGAAUCUUGCUUAACCACAGAUGCUCUUGGUCAAAUUGAAUCUUUUCUUAUUGAACUUGAAUGUAAAUCAGCAGAACAAGAAAACUAUGUGAAUGCACUUGUAGGAAAAUUAGAAAAAUUAUAUGCAAAACUUACAAGAGACGAUGCAACGCCACCAAAACGUUCGGCUGCUUAUAUUCUACGGCACAAUACUGCGGAAACAGUGAAACAGUUAGAGAAUGAAAUUGCCCAAUUACAAGCUAAACGAAUGGCGACUAGUCAAGCAUAUUGUCAAAGUAUGCGAAAAAAGAUUGAAGAUCUCUAUGAACAAUGUCAGAUCGGCAGUUCUGAACGUCAUCCAAUAGAUUUCGACAACAUAAUACCUGAAACUCUUGAUGAAUGUGAUCGCGAAUAUGAUCGUUUGGAUAGUAUGUAUCAUGUUCGAAAGCCAAUACUUGAUGCUUUUGAACAAUGGAAAGUACUUGUACAACAACAUGGUGAAUUUCAGAAAAAAUCGACUUCAGCAGCACGCUUUCAUGAACGCGGUUAUUCGGCAGUGAAAGAACAAGCUGAACGGAAAAGAUUUGCAGUUGCUUUACCAAAAGCUGAACGAGCUUGUUUAAAUAUACUUGAACAAUGGGAAAAAGAACAUGAAAAUGAACAAUUUUUAAUUAAUGAUAUUCCAAUUCGUCCAAUUAUUGAACAACAACAUACGGGUACAUCAAAUGUGACAACAACUGUUAGUAAUCCUCCAAGUACAAUUUCAAAGACGGUAUCUAUGUCGUCAACUGCCCUGGCCGCUAUUCCUCAACGUCCAGCAGCAAAAAAUAAUAUUCGAAAAAAAUCCCUACGAAAUAUUGUCAAACAAACAGUUGAACAACAUGUUAGCAAAAGUCGUCAUGAUGAAGUCGAUGAAGAUACACUUGAAUUUACUCAACUAGAAAAUAUUAAACAUUUUAAUGGAUUACCACGAAUUGUAACAUCAACGCCUAAAACUGGCAAGAAUCCUAGUAGUCAUACUGUGGUGGACAUGGGUCGCAACAAAAACAAUGAUCCUAUUCAUAAGCGUCGUCCGUCUAAACGAUUAAUUCCAACUCGUCGAUAA